CUGGGACUGGAUGCGCACGAAUAACAGAAACAGUGGUGGAGUUUACAGUGCUCUGCGAGAAGGGGACGCUUAAUCGAGUUGGGGUUUCUGUGGACAGCUGGAGUAGUGUCAGCCUGAUUGAACCGUUCCCACUCUUUUACAUGAGCUGCCAGACACACAGCCCCGAGAGAUGAGCAUGGCACAGCUGGCCCAGCGCCAGGCUCCACUGCCCUCUCUGAUUGGGCCCAGCUUCAGCCACAUCCACAUCCACAUCCCCAUCCCCAGCCGCAGCCACAGCACUAGUAGCCACAACAAAAGCAGCAGCAGACCCGGCACCAGUAGCAUUAGCAGUAGCUUUAGCAUUAGCAUUAGCAGUAGCAUUAGCAGUGGAAGUAGCAGCAGCAGCAGCCUCCGUCCCAGCCUCCCCCUGCCCCACUGAGAGCCAUGCUGUCGGGCAGUUGGCGGCGCUCCCUGGGCCCCUCUCCCGGCCGGAGCUCGGUGGGCGGCUCCACCACCUCCACCGCGUCCUCCACCACCUCCUCCUCCUCCGCGCGGGGGGCGAGCGGCGUGCUGCUGGAGGCCCAGUACGACUACUCGUACCGGGGCACAGACGGCCGGCAGGUGUCCAUCCGCGAGGGCGAGCGCUUCCUGCUGCUCAAGAAGACCAACGCGGACUGGUGGCAGGCACGCCGCAUCGGCGCCGGCCUGAAGGGUAAGCCCGUGUACGUGCCCGCCACCUACGUCAUAGAGAUGCCCAUUACCACCCUGCACGGGCAUGGGCACGGGAACACGCAUUGGCAUGGGUAUGGCCAAUCCCACUCAAACUCGCAGCCAGCCAAUCAGCAGCUCUCGUACAAGGGCAUCAGUAAUGGACGCCUGCCCAGGGCCUCCUUUGGGUCAUUCUCCCAGGCACAGGCUCAGUGUCCAGUACCCAAGACGUUCUGCCGCUCCAUGGAGGACCUGAACUCACACAGUGCCUUCGCGGGGGGCUUGUCGUCAUCGGGGUCCGUAGGGGGCGGGAGCCUUUUCCCCACCUUGCCUCUGCCACUCAACACCUUCUCCAUCACCUCCCCCUCGGGACACCUCAUGGUGCCCAACCCGGCCGCGGCCGCCGCUACCACCUCUGGGGGGGGUCACCUGGGUGUCGGGGGCCCCCUGCCCCGCAGCAGGAGCUCCAGCAACCUGCCCCAGAACCCGUACGGGGAGAUCGGGGAGAUCGGCCCCCCGCUCAGUGGGCGGAGCACCCCCGUCAGCGGGCCCGGGCCCGGCCCUGCCAAGGCCUACAGCCACUGGGACAUGGCCACGGUCAGCAGGCAGCUCAGCCACAAGGACUACAGCCCCCAUCAUUCAUUGCAGGAGUCGUCCAGCUACGGCUCCUUGCAGACGUUCCGGCGGCCGCAGCCCGAGCCUCCGAGCCCCGGGCCGGGCCAGUGGCCCCUGCAGGUGCUGGACCUGUGGGAGCAGUACCGCGACCCGGCCUCGGGGCGGGCCUACUACGUCAACAGCGUCACCAAGGAGAGGUCCUGGAAGCCGCCGCGCCGUGCCAAAGAGCGCCAGCGCAUCCCCAGCCUGGUCUCGCCCAUGCCAAGUUUCCCACGCGACACAGACCACUUGUCUCUUCCUCUGGCCGGCACGGGAAAUGGCUCCAUGCACAGGCUGUCCCCUGACUUCAUCCCCCGUUCACACGACGCAAAUGGUGGCUGGCAGCUGAGACAGAGCAUGCAGCGUGCGGUUUCCUCAGACACAAUAAACUCCUCCUCUUUUACCAUGGGCGACGCCCAGUGGCGCACCUCGCCCGUCUUCAUGGGCCGCCGGGACCAGCUCAGCCAAUCACACUCCAUGAUACUGCCAGAGUCGCCAGGCAGUGACAAGUCGGGGCAGCUUCAUGGGGACUACCAUAUGGGCCAUGUGGUGGUGGACCCCCCCUCCCCCACCAGCUCCCCCGACAGCACAGACAGCCUCAGCCCGGAGCUGGAGAAGGCUGGCCUGCUGAAUAAGACCAAGAUUGCAGAGGGGGGAAGGAAAUUGAGGAAGAGCUGGAACCCGUCGUGGGUGGUGCUGGUGGGGAACAGCCUGGUGUUCUUCAAAGACCCCAAGUCACAAACCCCCUCCAGCUGGAGGCCAGGCAACAGUCGUCCGGAGAGCAGUGUGGACCUGAGAGGAGCUCAGCUACAGUGGGCAGAUGCCCUGUCCAGCAGGAAGAACGUCUUUAAGUUGAGGACGGUGACGGGCAAUGAGUUCCUGCUGCAGUCGGAUACAGAGUCCCUCAUCAAGGAGUGGUACAGCACCAUCCAGAGCGUCAUACACAGACUGGACCGUGAGAACCCUCUGGAUAACGUGCUGCUGUACUCCAUGAGGAGAGCUGGCAGUGUGGAGAUGCUGGAGCACAGCGGAGACGAAGAGGACACACGCAGCAACACCAAGGCAGCACUGCCUCGGUCUGCGUCUAACCUGGAGAACACGGAGAGGAAGCGCGUCCGCAGCCGGCUGAAGAAGCUGAUCCUGAAGAGGCCGCCGCUGCAGGCACUACAGGAGAAAGGCCUUAUCAAAGACCAGGUGUUUGGCUGCCGGCUGGAGAUGCUGUGCGAGAGGGAGAGGUGUACGGUGCCGCGCUUCGUCAAGAUGUGCAUCGACGCAGUGGACCGCAGAGGAUUGGAAACGGAUGGUAUCUAUCGAGUCAGUGGAAACCUGGCCACCAUCCAGAAACUCCGCUUCGCUGUUAACCAUGAGCGGGCGGUGACCACAGACGGACGUUACCUCUUCCCUCAGGAGUUGGUGCAAGAAGAGAAGCUGAACCUGGACCACCCGCAGUGGGAGGACAUCCACGUGGUGACGGGGGCCCUCAAGCUCUUCUUCAGGGAGCUGCCGGAGCCCCUCAUCCCUUACGAGUUCUUCCAGGACAUCGUCGAGACCGUCAAAAUGUCAGACUAUCUGGAUAAGGUGGACCGUAUGAAAUGCCUGAUCAGCGCCAUGCCUCCGGCCAACCACGACACUAUGAAGGCCAUCUUUAGCCACCUUAAAAGGGUGAUGGAGCACUGCGACGUCAACCGCAUGUCCACCCAGAACAUCGGCAUCGUGUUCGGGCCCACGCUGAUGAGGGCCGAGCAGGACAACGGGAACAUGGCCAUCAACAUGCUCUACCAGAACCAGGCCGUGGAGCUCAUCCUCAGCGAGAGCCAACACAUCUUCGGCACCGCAGAAAAGCACAGCUCCCACUUACCCGCCCGCCCGCCACACCACCACACGGGCACCAGCAGACUGAUGGGCAUCCUGUAUUCAGAAGCCAGAAUCCAGUGCCACAUAUUCAGAGUGACCUGGUUUUACCUGGACAAUUAGGGCAAUCACCUGCUUGAGUUGGACUAGUGAAACCAGGUAAUCCGGAAUAUGUGGCAAUGGAUUGUGGCUUCUGCCUCCAGGAUUCAUGUCACUGCCAGCAGAGCACAGUGCCACGCUACAUAGCGACACCAUGAAGGAAAACUUCAGAGAGAGAGUGAGAGAGAGAGAGAGGGAGAGGAGAAAAGAAAGUUUCGUCGUCUUCCUCUUGGACACCCAUAUAAUAUAACUAGAUCAUGAAGGACACGUACGGAAGAGAAGAGAGAAAAAGAAACAGGACGGGACGUAUGAGUGUGUGUGUGUGUGUGUGAGGGGGCUGAGAUGUAGGGACUCUACGAGCCAGAACACUGUGAACUCCUCCAGGACCUUGGAGCCCUCCACCACCACCUCCACCACCACCUCCACCACCACCACCUCCACCACCACCUCCACCACCACCUCCACCCCCCUCCUCGCUAUUAGUGCGUUCAGGCUGACUGAGAACCGUGCUGGAGCCCGUUCCCGCACCUAAUCGCGAACCGACCAUCGUGUUCACGCCACAGAUAUUUGCGUUCACGAACCGGAAAGUUUGUUCGCAAUGUGAACCUCAAAAUACUAGGUUUUUCUCUGCGAACCGUGACGACAGCUUGGCCGUUAGCAGGUUCAUCCGGGUAACACAGUCACGUGCGGAAAAAGUUCAGAGCCCGAUAUGAACACGGGCGGUUCGCAGACAAGCACUUUAGUGCCGAACGUAACAGGUGCGGGCACCGACACCAGCUCCGUUCUGGUCGGCCUGAAAGCCCUAUAUGAGGUGUUUGUUGUGUUUUUGGGAUGCGCUCAGGUGUAUUAGCCUACUGGGGACCGUUUCUCGAAAGCGUCUUUGCCAUCGUCGUUAGCAAAGUCCUUCGUAAGAGCGACUCAACUCUCUCUCGACAGCGACGCUCACCACUAAAUCCAAGGGGAACGGUAAGACGGUCUUAAGACGGUUAGCAACGAUAAGGAUCGAGAAACGGACCCCUGACUAAGAGGAAGGGCUAUGCUACAGCACGAUCCAGCAACUCCAAAAUCUCCAGGUGAUGAUGAGGCUGUUUUGCCAGCACCCUCCCUCCCUGCCUCCCUGCUCUGCUCUGCUCUGCUCUGCUCUGCUCUGCUCCCUGAUUUCCAGAAGAUGCCACAUCGCUACGAUGAACUAUAAACUAUAAAAAUUACAAAAUCACUGUGGAGUAAAGGUUUUUUUUUAAUGCCAACCCCUCACAUUCUCCGCCAUUACAGGUCAUAUAAGGUUAAGCGAUUCUACAGUUUCAGCCCUUCCACACGCUACAUACCUACCGUAAGACCACAGUCAUAUACAGUAUGGCCGCUUACAUUUAUCCACUAGAUUGCUUUCUCCAAAGCCAUGUCCAAGCUGUGUACUGCCAGCAUGUGCCACCCUAACCAGGAAACCACAUUACCUUGGCAUAGCAACUGUAACGCCCUUUUUUAAGCACAACAGAAACACGCACAUGUGCACAUACUGUACGCAUGCACGUGCGUACACACACACA